AGCUAGCAGCUAUCAGUUUGAAGCAUGCCAUCUAAGAAAAGCUUAAAGGCCUCACGCAAUCGCCGACAGCCUGUGCAGCUCAUUGAUUUCUUGCGCGCCGAUGGGGAUCAGCCGAAACCAGCACAAUCCAUAAGCAGCCAGUCUGCGGCGACAAACGUCAGCCCCGUAAUAAGUUCUACUAACACUACCACAGCUUCAGCCGCAGCAUCUGUUAGUGGAGAACGCGUCUGGGGCAGGUUGCCCAGCACACAGAAUGUAAACAACAAUAUCGUUUCCUUUACUCCGACCGAUGAGGAUUUUCCCGCUGUCGGCGCCGUACGCAAGAAGCCAAAGGCCGCUCGAGCUGCUGUUGCUCCGCCAGCAGCUCAGCCAGUUGGUCAGCGUAUUGGCCAUUACGUGCGUCAGUCAACAUCCAGCAAUUCCCUUGAAAAGCAACAAGUGGUGAAUAAAUGGCUCAAAACUGUGCAGCAGCAGCCGAUUGCCCAAUCGCAGCAAUUAUCAACACAAUUGUCCCAGUUCGGUGCGUCGCAAUAUGAGACUAGUGUCAGCGCACCUGCUGCUGCUGCUCCGCAACAGCAACAGUCCCAAGGAAUGCAUCAACAGCAGGCUCCACCAUGUGCUGCUGGCAGCAAGAUGAUGCCGCCGCCUGCGAUCAGCGGCAACCAACCAAGCGGACACGCACAACAGAUUCCGUUUGCCCAAAGCGUGCCGCAUUGCCCGGUCACAUGCCCGAACAUGACCAUGUCCCUGCCGGUGGAUGGCGCCAUGCGCACCGCACCCCAAAUUCGCUCCGUAUCUGGCGAAGCUGCAAGGACUGCCGCACCAGUCAAUGAGCGUGUUGUCCAUGAAACUGACGGCACACAGGCACCGCAACAUCAUUGGCGACGCAAUGAUCGACGCGUGCAACGCGAGCAAGCGCCGCAUAUAAAUGCACGCAGAGAGCAUCCGGGCUUGCCGUCGCAACUUCCCGACGAGCUGAUGAUGCAGCCGCCCAGCUCAGUGCACGGCGGUCGUGAUGAUGAUGAUGCUUCCUUUGUGCUGGAGCUGCAGCAGGCCCUGGCUGCCAAUGCGCCGCUAACGCAAUCCCAAUUGCAGCUGGACAACAUCGCGGCACAUAGCACGCUGAAUUGGAAUGCCAACGAGUUUCGUCCCAUGCAGGGGUCAGCGCUUGCAAGAGAGCCUAGAAAUAUGAUAAGCGAACGUCGCCGUCGUCAGCGAUUCCACCGCACACUCAAGCCCCAUGCGCUCUUUGAGCUGGUGUCGUUGCCCUCUGAUGGGCUGCCGCAUUCGCAAUCAACUGACAAUGGCCAGGGAUCGCAAGCCACAUUUAAUAUAUCACCCAGCUAUACGGAUUCGAGUGGAGCACCAACGGCUGCGGUCGCGGCAAGGACUGCAGCGGCUGCCACAGCCGCCAGGCAGCUGCCGCUGCAGAACAAUAACAACAAUGCCAGCCAGUCGGUUUUUCGGCUCGCCAGCCUCCCCAGCACGGGUAUCGGCACAGGCAACAGCAGCCUGUCAACAAUAUUCGGCCCCUCUGACAGCCCAACCCAAACAGACGCGACGGUUGACUUUUUGCGAAGUCCGCCCUUACUGAAUAUGGAUCCGCCAACGCAGGAAACUGAAGCGCUGCUGUUCCUCGACGUGGAAGAGUUAGAAAACUUGAGCGAGGUAUCUGAUGUGGAUCAAGAGAACCCCAACAUGCCGCAUCGCAGGAACAAAGAUUUCCCACGUCACAUAAUCUUUGUAGGCCGUGACAGUCCACAACGCCGCAAUUUCGAUGUCGAUUUGAAUUUUAUGCCACCGAGCAUCAAGAAGUUGUAUCGUCUGAUAUGCUCCAAAUACUCGGACUAUGCCUUUGUCUAUGCACUGAGUGCGCAGCUGAGCCAAGAAUGUGUGCCCAUGGAGUGCUAUGUGUAUCUUAAGAUGGCGCUGUUGAGCAGCCUGGUCAGCAUUGAGCUGGACGAUCUGCGUGCACCCAUUUCGUUGUGCGUCAUAUGCGCCGACAGCUGUGUGGCUAAUCGGCUGCUGCACAACGUCGGGCAAUUGGCAUCCCGUUUCAUUGGUCCCCACGAGGGUGGUCAGCAACCGACGCAAACAGCGCUGCCAUCGCGUUACAAUUGGGUGGUAGCCAGCCCAUUGCUGCUGGCUCAGCAGGGCGUCUACUUUGCCGGCGACUGGAAUCGCCUGUCGCGCGAUCAAACUGAGGAGCUAGAGAAAUGCAUUGAGAAUGGCAGCGUGCCGGUGCCACAGCUGCAGAGUGCGCAGCCGCUUGAAACUGCCAUUUGGACAUACUGGCAGCCGGAGAAUGCGGCCAAUCAGACAACUGCCUUUGCCAAGCUUUGUCCCAUCUUUGGCCUGCCCGUGUACAUGGAUCAGCACGUGAAUGAAACUAUGUGGGACUUUGUGCUGCGCCAGUACCGUAGAGAUGAGCAGGACACAACGCAGGAUGCAUUUAAUAUUCCCUUAGACGAUACACGAACAAUGCUUGAGUUGCUCCAACAUCGCCAGGUGGCCUUUACCGAGGAGGCCCAACAACUGCUCCAAAAAUACUAUGUUGUCUCGCGCAUCGAGCAGCCCACCGCAUUUAGCAGCAAAACUUAUAUUGUGCUUAAACAGUUUGCGGAAUCGAUUGCUAAGCUGGCUAUGCGCCUGGAUGUACUCGAAGCGGAUGUAACCGUUGCCAUAUUCCAUUGUGAGCAUUUUGUGCGUAGCAUCUUUGGUGCUGGCAGUUAUCCGCCGCCAGCUGUUGCCAGUUUCAAUGUUAUCUCCCGAAUUGAUCCCUACAUGAACGAGUUUGCGCGCUGGCUAUAUCAAUAUUUGGAUCGCUAUGAGGACAAUGUGGACGUCGAUAGCAGACAUCCUAAGCGCCAACGUAUUGAAAGUUUCUAAACAUGCCAAAAGUAAUUGUUGAAUUGAAUGCUGCACAGAUUAUUUGAAUACCAAACUAAUUUGACAUAAAUUGCGAAAUUGAUAAUAUAUCUAUACCAUACUUAUACUGUUUUAGAAACAAAGUAUUUGGAAGUAUCUGUGCAGCAUUUUAUAAAUAUUUGUUAUUAACUAGAAGUUAGGUUAGUAUAUAGUUUACCUCAUAUUAUCUAAACAGAAUUUUCGGAAAUACCAGUAUUUAUCACCAGUUCGUUACAGGCAUAUUGAAUAUGCAUACAUAUUGAGUAUAUUUUUUUAAUGUAUGUCUAUCUAGAAAUAAACUUAAACCAUAUAUCUUUGUUAGUUUAUAAAAUA